GGCAAGUGCGCCUGCGCGCCCCGGGCAGGUUCGCGUUCGGAGGCUGUAGCCUCCGCACCUCGUACCGCCGCGUCGCGGGUUCGAGGCCAAGGUCUGGGCGUCGCGGGUUCGCAUCCCGGGCGCGAUGCUGUUCGACAAGGUGAAGGCGUUCGUGGUGCAGCUGGAUGGCGCGAGCGCGGGCGCCGAGCCGGUUUUCAGCGGCGGCCAGGCCGUCGCGGGCCGGGUGCUGCUGGAGCUGGCGGGCCCGGCGCGCGUGGGCGCCCUGAAGCUGCGCGCCCGGGGCCGCGCCCACGUGCACUGGACCGAGUCGCGCAGCGCGGGCUCGAGCACCGCGUACACGCAGAGCUACAGCGAGCGUGUGGAGGUCGUGAGCCACCGUGCCACGCUACUCGCGCCAGACACCGGGGAGACCACGACGCUGCCUGCGGGUCGCCACGAAUUCCCGUUCAGCUUCCAGCUGCCUCCGACCCUGGUAACAUCAUUCGAGGGUAAGCAUGGCAGUGUCCGCUACUGCAUCAAGGCCACCCUGCACCGGCCCUGGGUCCCUGCCCGCCGGGCGAGGAAGGUGUUUACUGUCAUUGAGCCUGUGGACAUCAACACCCCUGCCCUGCUGGCCCCUCAGGCGGGAGCUCUAGAGAAGGUCGCCCGAUCCUGGUACAGCAACCGUGGUCUUGUCUCUCUCUCUGCCAAGAUCGACCGAAAGGGUUACACGCCAGGUGAGGUCAUCCCAGUCUUCGCUGAGAUCGACAAUGGCUCCACGCGCCCAGUGCUUCCUCGGGCCGCAGUGGUCCAGACGCAGACCUUCAUGGCUCGGGGCGCCCGCAAGCAGAAACGAGCAGUGGUGGCCAGUCUCGCCGGCGAGCCUGUGGGCCCUGGGCGGCGGGCGCUGUGGCAGGGCCGGGCGCUGCGGAUCCCCCCUGUGGGCCCUUCCAUCUUGCACUGCCGGGUGCUACAUGUGGACUACUCCCUCAAGGUCUGCGUGGACAUCCCUGGCACAUCCAAGUUGCUCCUGGAGCUGCCACUGGUCAUCGGCACCAUCCCCCUGCACCCUUUCGGGAGCCGCUCAUCCAGCGUGGGCAGCCACGCCAGCUUCCUGCUGGACUGGGGGCUGGGAGCCCUGCCAGAGCGGCCUGAGGCCCCUCCCGAGUACUCAGAGGUGGUGGCAGACGGGGAGGUGGCAGCUGUGGGGCAGAGCUCCUUUCCACCACUGCAGGACACUGACUUGAGCUUCGAAGGCCCCUUCUUCGCCUAUAUCCAGGAAUUCCGCUACCGCCCGCCACCCCUGUACUCCGAGGAGGAUCCAAACCCACCCUCAGAGGCCAUGAGGCCACGCUGCAUGACCUGCUGAGCAAGUGGAUACCUCAAGGGAUGAGGUCGCCCACAUGCUUCCGGCCACAUGGAGAGUAGCUGUCUCCAGAGCAGACCAACCGGACAGCAUUGAAGUUGGGGAAUCCGAGUCUCAGAACAGGGCAGGGCUUUCCAACAUCACAGGGGACAGAGGAAGAGCCAGGCAGGAAUCUGAUUUAGCUGGCCUGGUCCUCACAAGGCAGCGAAUGCCCACUGUCGGAAUCUGUCUGUCUCCGCUGGCCCGUGAACAGGGCUCAGCAACCCCAGGAGCUUCUAGUCUGGGAGAGAUGUAGCCAGACAUAAAUACUUCCAGUCUCAUGGGACCAGAAGAAGAGACCCAGAGCUGGGAGAAUCCAAACAGGAGCAGAGAAGGCUUCCUGGGGCAAAGGGCGUUCUAGCUGAGGCCAUACAAGCGACAGCUCAGCGCGCAGACAAGCAAGAGGAAGAAGUCGGAGAAGGUCAGAGCUGAGUGAUGUUUGGAGAUCACCCCCUUCGUCUUAGAACUGGGGCUCAGAGGGCAAGUGCCUCAGUUGAGGCCACACGGCAAGGUCCGGCAGGCGAGAGGGCCCAGGAACCGGUGCAUUUGGGGAAGCAAGUCCUUGGAACUCUGUGGGACCUGUGGGUGGCAGGGGCAACUGCUCCAGCCUUCGGAAGCCAGAAAGACUCCUGGUCCAGGCCGGGACUGUCUGGGGGCUCCUCCAAGUGCUCCAGGACAUGAGACCUGUCUGCAUAUUGUAUGACCCAGGAAACCCGGUUCAAAAUAUUCAGCCAGGCCCUGGGGACAGAGGUCAGCCUGGGGUAACAGAGCAGGGCCAGUGCAGCUCUGGAGACCUCCUGUAGGGAAGGAGGGACAAAGUAUGAGGGGGCAGCCGGACCAGCCCCUGGUUGCAGAGUCUCACCCGUGGCUGGGGCGGGGCCCCUGCCUGGGACUCAGCAUUUCUGAUAAGCCUUAAAUUGUUCUCUUUUUUACAGUUUUUGUUUUUAUUUUUUUAAAUAAAAGCGUGGGGGAAGAGA